AUGGAAGCCAACCAAUCAAAGAUUUGCCAAAAUAUGCCAAUAUCAGUCAUGCGUCAAAAAUUGGUAGAAUAUUCAGUCAUUGAGGAAGACAGUUUGCAACAAACGAAUGAGAGUAGUGAUGAUGAUAACGAAAUGGCAAAUUUAAUAUUGGAGAAGUUGGAAAAUAGCGGAGAUCGAGGGUUUUAUAUCUUUUGCAAUAUACUAAAGGAGCAAUCGGAUGAGCAACUCCGAUUACUUGGCUUCCAACUUAGCGAUGAAGCAAAGCAAACCAUGGGCCUUUCGAAUGAUGACCUCCUGCGAAAUGUUCCUCCUUUACCACAACAUCAUUUUAUCGUACGAAACGAUUUUGCUAAUCAAACUGCAAUUGCAAUUAUGAAAAUUCACGCAAGCGGUGGUAGACUACUCGUUCAUGGUCCUUCUGGCACAGGUAAAACUGUUGCCGUAAGUAACUCUUUACAAUAUGUCAUUAGACAGAAGGAGCAAUUUCUACCUCAUGGCGUCUACUGGGUUAAAAUUGGUAAGGUAGAUGAACAGAAAUUGUUUGGAAUACUGUAUAAUUUGGCAACUAAGCUGAGAAUCAAACCGCAAACUUUUCCGAACUUAAAGAAGCUUAAUCAGGCAAUCUCUAGUCAUUUUGUGGUGAAUUCGGAUUUAUCCUUUACCUUAUUCGUCUUUGAUGAAGUGGAAGAGUCAUCCUAUUUGAAUUAUUUAACAUUCGCUAAAAAUUGUGUCGUUAUUUCUACCCAGUCUAAUCAAGCUAUGGAGAGCUUUACCCAACAAGAGGCUUCACAGAUAAUAGCCUCAUUUCAAGAAAGUGGGAAAACGGAACCAUGGAUUAACGAUGACGUAGUGAAAAAAGUAGUAGAAAAGUACCGAUCAAGUCCGCAAGCAAUCGCUUUAAUCGGUGGGACUCAACUGUCAUCCUUAGACGAAUGGUUAGAUAUUCAAAAAUUUACAGAAUCGGAACCGGUAACCACAUUUUCACAUACUUUUUUCACCAUGGUCAUGAAUAAACUACCUACAAAGACAAGGGAAUUGUUUUCCUUGCUGGGUGUAUGUUACAGAGUUGAAAUUCCCAUUUCCACUGUCGCUAUAAUAUGGAAUCUACCGGUUAAUGAAGUAUCAGUCAUACUGCAAGAAUUACAUCGACGAUCAUUGCUAUUUUAUUUUAGUAGCAGUAAUAAAAGGGGUUACUGUCAAAUCAAUAACUUGAUCUUGGACUAUUUUCAGCAACCUUCUAAUUCGACGUAUGUUUCAUCUGAGUUUAUCAGAAAUCUGCAUCGUAAUGUAAUUAACCGAUAUCAAUUACAUUGCGAUGAAAAUUGGAUAAUACAAAAUGAUGAUGGUUACUUUUAUCGCUAUUUUAUUAAUCAUCUGAUGGCUGCUGAAAAAGAUGAUAUAAUUCAGCAAAUUUUAUCCAAUGUUGAAUGGAUUAACAAUCUGUUACAAUUACUAAAACAGUCUUCACUUUUAUAUGCUUACUUGGAUCAUGUUCAAGACUAUUUGAAUAGUAAGAAUUUAGAUUCGACCUCCAAGCCAUUAGAAUUCUUGAGAAAAUACGAAAUAUUUCUACAGGGAAGUUGCCCUGAUUUAUUGCAGUUAAUUUUAGAUUUUGCACCUAGUGAUAAUCCCCUCUAUCAACAAGCAUACGAAAGCGCCUAUCGAUUAAGUGAGGAAGGGAAAGGCCUUUACAUGAAAUUAAGCUAUACCCAAAGUAGGAAAGCUGAUAAGUUCUAUGAUAUACAGAAUUUGCCUAAGGAAGAAGAUGUGAAUUUAAUGGAAUUGGUUAUCGAAAGAGGUAACACAUAUACCCCGUUUGAAGGCAGAAUUUAUCAAUUUGCAGAGAGUUUCGAUCAUAAAAUCAAAGCGCGUGGAUUUGGCCCACGCUACGGGAUGAAUCUGUACCAAUACAGUUGGGAUGUUAUUUCUGUUGAAGAAGGAUUGCAAUUGCCAUUUAUUCUUCAAAAUGGCGAAAAAGCAAUACACUUAGAGGCUUGUACCAUCCAGUUUCUUGAAAAAAGCAAUACGUCGUUUAUGACUAUUUCUGCAGAAAAGCAUCAAUUGCAUCUAUGGGAAAUAAAAGAUGGAAUGAUUCAUUGCAGACGAAGUUCUACCAAUACAGAAUUUUACAUUAACAACUUUUCCUUUGUACCAGACACAACAAAUAUACUAGUAGCAAUGGAAAGAUAUCAAAGAUGGAAUAUGUAUAUGCCCAAAGAUUUGAUCAACGAAUGCUAUAUUGAGGUUUGGACUUUGGAAAAUCUUCAGCCUAUCUCAAAGAUAACAGUACCUGCUCGAAUUAAUAGUUCACUUAAACCUCUGACUGGAAAGCCUGAUCCAAGCAAUCAUCUAAUAUCUUAUGUUGGUCAUUUUGAUGAUAGCCAUUAUUUAAUAUCUUAUGGAGGCUUGGGCGGCUUACUAUCGAUUAAAGAUUGUCAAGAUAAAACAGAGAAAGAUUUUGCUGAUCAUUGGUCUAAAAUGUUUAAGAUAAUUCAUAAUAAUUACACUCACCUUGCUAUAUCAAAAGACAAGAAAUAUUUGGCUGUUCUGACCUAUUUUGGAGAUGUUCUGAUCUAUCAAGUUAGUGCUGAUGAGGUUAUAUAUUACUCCUUCAUUGAAUGUCAAUUUGGUAGUUCCCAGAUAUUUUUUGUAGAUGACAGUUACAAUAUUAUGGCCGACUUUGGAAACUCUCGCCUUUAUUACACCUUUCCCACUACACAAAAAUCAAUGCCACCUCAUAGACUUGCUAAUGCCGAUAGAAAUUGCAAUUCCCAAGUUCCCAAGCAAAAGAUUGUUAAUAAUGCGCUAGUUCUGGUGGAAAUGAUCAAAGAUGAUGAUGAAUUGCAGCUAAAGGUUCACAGAGGCGAUCGUUUAGAAGAAGUUACCUUCCAUAAUUUCGGCUCUCAUUAUAAAUCGACUUUUAUGUCGAAAGAUCACUCCACUGUCGACUUCUUUCUGUUUGACGAUUUCCCAUAUAUUUUACUGAUUGAAGUUUAUGGUUGCAACGAUAAAGAUUGCUUAAAAGAUCAAAAUGAGAGACAUUUUCACUGCUUUCAAAGUCUGAGAAGAUUCGACGAUCUGGAUCAUGAUUUAUGGGUUAAUGAAGUCUUGGUGAACGAUUUCAAAUAUAAAGAAUUUCAGCCUCUUCCCGAGGAAGAGAUAUCCCCUUUCUUAAUGGAUGCCACACCAGAGCAAACAGCAGAAAUCCAACGUUACAGUUUCCUAAAAAACGCAAGGCCUAACAUUAAAUUUCAAUCCUUAUAUCGUCAGUAUGAUAACCAAGUAAUGAUCAUGAUUACGGAAAGUCGACGACUAAUCAUCUUGUUCAUGAAUGCAACAAAUGGCGUUAUCACUGCUAAACACGUGGAAGAGAUCAAUGAGAGUACUCCAGAAAUUGCUUAUUUAGCAGAUGAAAACUUUGUUCUUUAUGAUGAAUCCAAUGAACAAGAAUACUCUGACGACGAAAGAUUCUUCACGAAAUACAGUAUGCAAGCUGGCAAUAUUCAAGCUGUGCAGCGUGUUAAAGCCAAAAUAUGCGAUGAAGAAGAAAUGCCGGUUUCUUCUUAUUGCAAAAUGACCAUUUCUGAUGACAACAAAGAUGUCCAGUUGACCGAUAUUCUCUUAGUUGACGAUGAUGAUAAAAUCAAGGAACAAUUUGGAUUAACAGACUGGAGAAUUUCUAAAAUGGAAAAAUGUUGCCGUGUUUUAGGUGUCUUGAUUCGUAAAGGAAAUCAAGCUUUGGUAUCUCGCAAACCUUGGCAAGGCAGUUAUAAUCAAGCUACUUUCUAUGCAGGCGAUCGAAAAAUCUAUUGCGAAUCAAUUCCUUGUCACCUACCUCAUUUAUGGGAUAAAAAGUAUACCAUUACAACUGAGGGUAAUGGAAUUGAAUUCUAUGAUAAUGCAACGUUGCAGCUAAAAAAGAAGUAUUCGCCGACUUAUUUUUCUAAUGAAUAUAUCACUUCUGUUCAAGCAAGUCCUGAUGGUAAAAUAAUUACUUUUACACAGCCUCAUGGUUGCUUGAAUAUUAUUAAAGCGAUCUUUUAA